AUGGAUACAGGCUGCCUUGCAGGCGUUGUAGACAUCUUCGUCCGUGGCCGUCUGAUUGGCAUACUUGAGAUUAUACAUGAGGGUUUCGUUGAAGAGGACGGUAUCUUGGGGGACGAUGCCGAUGUGCUUUCUCAACGAGGCAAUCGUAAUAUCUUGGACAUUGUGGCCAUCGACAAGGAUGCACCGACUGAGGCCAUUCGUCGCGUCCUAGAAAAAUACCAUAAUUGUACCAUACCACCUGGAACCGAGCUCGACCUGAGAGACGUUGGUACGGUUGAAUGGAUUCGCAUGGGCACAACUGUUACAACAAAUGCGCUUCUUGAGAGGAAAGGCGAGCGGACAGCCUUACUGAUUACUGAAGGCUUCAAGGAUGUUCUUCAUAUAAAAAACCAAAGCCGGCCCCAUAUGUUUGACUUGGCGAUCCAGCGGCCGAUGCCCUUAUAUUCCGAAGCCUUCGAGGUGAAAGAGUGGGUCACUGUGCAGGCUUGCAGCGACUCGGAUCUCCGAAGUAUACAUUUAUCAUCUCCGGAGCCUGUGGAAUCCGUCAUGGGACCCUCCAGAGAGAUAGUCCAAGUGCUCCAGCCCUUAGAUAUGGUGAACACGAGACUUGAUAUCCAGAAGAUAUACGACCAAGGCUUCCGCUCGCUGGCAGUGUGCCUGAUGCAUUCGUACAGCUUCCCAAGGCACGAGCUACAGAUCAGAGAUAUAGCGCUCGAAAUCGGGUUUGAGAAUGUGUCACUCUCGCAUGAGACAUCUUCGAGGCCGAAGGUCGUGCCUCGUAGUAAUUCCACGGUUGUUGAUGCAUACCUGACACCCAACAUCAAACGAUACCUUCAAAUGUCUCCGAAGGUUUCCCGACAUCGAAAACUCUCAGACGCGACUAGAACUCAGGCAAUCAGAUGGAGGCUUGGUACCUUCGUCCAGUCUUUCAGGGCUCCACUCCAUUUUGUCAGGGCCAGCAGGAGGCGUUAUCGGAUAUGCUUCGAUACUGAAACGCGAACACCACUGGAUCAUAUCUUCGAGACAACGACUGCUGGGAUUACCAUCCACGCCCCACAGCUCAAUGUCAAUACAAUUGCCGCGGGGGGUGGUAGUAUUUUGACUUGGCGGGAUGGGCUCAUGUCGGUUGGGCCUGAGAGCGCCUCGUCCAAUCCAGGUCCUGCGUGCUACCGCAAAGGUGGUCCACUGACUGUGACGGACGCGAAUCUCGCGCUGGGCCGUUUGAUCCCUGAGGAGUUUCCUUCAGUCUUUGGUGUCAAUGAGGACGAGCCAUUAGACAGAGACAUCGUUCUCGCCAAGUUCAAGGAGCUAACCCAAGUUAUAAACCAGGAGACACGCAUGUCCCUUACAUGGGCAGAAGUAGCAGAUGGGUUCCUUCAGGUCGAAAACUCUGCAAUGUGUGGACCCAUUCGGAGCUUGACCCUGGAAAAGGGCCAUGAUGUUGCGAAGCACCAUCUCGCCUCCUUUGGUGGUGCGGGUGGCCAGCCUGCCUGUGCUAUUGCUAGUGAUCUCGGUAUCAAACGCGUGCUCAUUCAUAAAUAUUCCUCGAUUCUGUCGGCCUACGGGAUCGGACUAGCGGAUGUUGUACAUGAAGAAGAGCGAGUCUGUGCGAAGGCCUUCGAUGAGUCGACCAUUGAUGUUAUCAACGAUUUCCUGAAUAGCCUCGUCGACUGUGCACGAAGCAGCAAGACUAUGGAGCCAUUCAGCAAUAUACAGGCCUGCCGUUUCUUGAACAUGAGAUAUGAUGGCAGCGAGACCUCGAUCAUGAUACCUUGGGAUAGCCCCAAGAGUGGCCCAAAGGAAGCGUUUGUCAAUGCCCACCAUCAGCAAUUCGGAUUUACUCCGGUGAACCGUGUGGUGUAUGUGGACACCAUUCGCGUCCGGGCAAUUGGAUGCAGUGUUUUCCAUGGGAGCUCUUCGUCCCCCCGGGCCAAGUGUCUCAUGAAUCCCAAGUCUGCUACGACGACGACCACCCCAAAUUCGAGGGUUUCCACGUAUUUCACUGCGGCCGGUUGGGUGGACACGCCUGUUUAUCAUCUUAGUCUUCUUUCUGAAGGAAGUCAGAUCCAGGGACCCGCUAUGGUUAUUGACAAAACGCAGACGAUCGUAGUAGGUCCAGAUUCAAAGGCUACGAUCGCUCAAGAUGUUUUGCUCCUAGACAUAGAUUCACCAAGCCCCAAGUCGACCAGCUCAGAAAGUACCGACCCGGUUCAGCUCUCCAUAUUCCGGCAUCGGUUCAUGGGAGUAGCUGAACAGAUGGGCCGUGUCCUGCAGAACGUCAGUACCCGCGCGAAUAUCAAGGAGCGGCUCGAUUUCACUUGUGCUAUAUUCACUCCAGAAGGGGACUUAGUUGCCAAUUCCCCUCAUGUACCAGCCAUGAUUGGCAGUAUGGCCUUUGCCGUGCGGUCACAGAUUGCUGAGUGGCAUGGAAGGCUGCAAGAUAGCGAUGUGUUGCUUUCCAAUACUCCCGCUUAUGGGGGCGUUCAUCUCCCGGAUUUGACGGUGGUUACCCCGGUCUUUGACUCUGCGGGAAAGGGUAUUAUCUUUUGGGUCGCUUCGCGCGGCCAUCAUGCAGAUGUGGGUGGGAUACUCCCUGGCUCGAUGCCACCAAUGUCAAAGGUUCUCUCGGAAGAAGGUGCCAUCUUUAACUCUCAUCUCCUAGUUCGUGGCGGCCACUUCGAUGAAGAGGAGCUGCAUCGCAUUCUAUGCGUGGAGCCAGCACGUUUUCCAGGCAGUAGUGGUUCCCGACGCUUCCAUGACAAUGUCACCGAUCUCAAAGCCCAAGUCGCUGCAAAUCACUGUGGUGCUCGCCUCAUGCGACGUCUCAUUGAAGAGUAUUCCUUCCCAGUGGUUCAGGUUUACAUGGGUGCAAUUCAAGAUUCGGCUGAGCUGGCCGUGCGCAAUCUCCUGAAGCGCCUCGCAUAUGAGCGCCGCGGAGAAGACAUCUCUGCUGUAGACUAUAUGGAUGACGGUACACCAAUCAAGCUUAAAGUGACGAUCAGCCCUACAGAUGGGUCAGCCACUUUCGACUUCACUGGCACAGGCCCCGAAGUAUACGGAAACUGGAAUGCUCCGAUUGCAAUCUGCUAUUCAGCGGUCAUUUUCACCCUGCGCUGCAUAGUUAAUUCAGAUAUUCCUCUGAACCACAGAUGUAUCAAGCCGGUCCGAAUAAUCAUUCCAGAUGGAUCGCUCCUGCGUCCAAGCUCUGAGGCGGCUGUCUGCGCCGGCAAUGUAUUGACGUCGCAACGCAUCGUGGAUGUCAUAUUCAAGAGUUUCAAAGUGUGCGCCGCAAGCCAAGGAUGCAUAAACAACCUUACCUUCGGCAACGAUGGUGAAAAUGGCCUUGGAUACUACGAGACCAUCGCCGGCGGCAGCGGCGCGGGCCCCAGUUGUGCGGGCACAGGUGGUGUACACACGAACAUGACUAACACGCGAAUCACCGACCCGGAGUCUCUUGAACGGCGAUAUCCAGUCAUCCUGCGGCGUUUCAGUCUUCGGAGCGGAAGUGGUGGUGUGGGCUUGUACCCCGGUGGCGAUGGAGUUGUCCGGGAUAUUGAGCUAAGGCUCCCCAUGUCGGUGUCGAUUCUUUCAGAACGACGGAGCUUCGCACCGUACGGGAUGGCAGGGGGAGAAGAGGGUCAGCGCGGGAAGAAUACGUGGAUCACGAAGGCUGGUCGCUGUAUCAAUGUCGGCGGUAAAAGUUCGAUCCGAGUUCAACCUGGCGAUCGGUGCUUGAUUGAGACCCCCGGUAGUGGUGGCUAUGGACCCCCUGGCGAGGUGGCCAGGAGAGAAAAGAACCAGCCGAAUGCCAUACUCCCAUUUAUACCGGUUGCUAAUGACAGCAUAGCUAGGAAUCGGAUCAUAGCGGAACAGGUAUAA